UGUUGCACUGGGUUGAAAUUAACUUUGUAUUCUGAAACAAGGGGGGGACUCAAUCAAGGAAAAAUUAAACUGAAGCUGGGCUUGUGUGUUUGGGCUUAGAACACAUCUAUCCAGUGGUGUUUGCUGAAAUAUGGAGAAUAGUGUUGGAUUUUAUUCUGUUCCAAAGCUGGUGCAAUUUGCCUUCUUCACUAUCUUCAGCACAGACCUUCUAGCCUAUGGCUCACAGGUUAAAAGUUUUACAUCUUUGUGGUUCACUACGGAGCCUUCCGAUGUUGUCACCAUGCGAGGAAGUAAUGUGAUUCUGAACUGUGCAGCACAAUCUGACCAGGGAUCUCCGAUAAUUAAGUGGAAAAAAGAUGGAGUUUAUUUGAAUCUUGCAAUAGAUGACAGAAGAAAACAGCUAUUCAAUGGAUCUCUCGAAAUACAGAAUGUGGUCCACACAAGACAUCACAAGCCUGAUGAAGGUGUAUAUCAAUGUGAAGCAUCUUUAGACAGCAUUGGAUCACUUGUUAGCCGGACAGCGAAAGUAUUAGUUGCAGGACCACUGAGAUUCCUCUCCCAGACGGAGUCAGUCACAUCGUUCGUGGGAGAUACUGCUUUAUUGAAGUGUGAGAUUGUAGGAGAGCCGAUGCCCGUAGUAAAUUGGCAGAAGAAUCAGGAAGAUCUUAUAUUGACACCCGGAGACAGUCGGCUGAUGGUGCUGCCUUCAGGAGCAUUACAGAUUAGUAGACUUCAGGCAACAGACAGUGGAGUUUACAGAUGUUUGGCUAAAAACCCAGGAAGCUCUAGAACAGGAAAUGAAGCUGAACUGCGAAUAUUAUCUGAAUCCGGGUUACAUCGACAGCAAAUCUUUUUGCAGAGACCUGCAAAUGUUGCAGUUAUUGAAAGACAAGAUGCAGUUCUUGAAUGUGCAGUCUCUGGAUAUCCAACACCGACAGUCUACUGGAUGCAAGGAGAUGAAUUUAUUCAAACCAGGACAAAGAAAUAUUCAUUGCUGGGAGACAGUAAUUUGCUAAUUUCGAAUGUAACAGAGGGAGAUGCGGGGACAUACACUUGUGUGGUUACCUACAAAAAUGAGAACAGCAGUGCAUCUGCCGAGCUUACGGUAUUGGUUCCCCCACGAUUUCUGAAUCACCCUGCAAACCUCUACGCCUAUGAGAGUAUGGAUAUCGAAUUUGAAUGUGAUGUAUCUGGAAAGCCACCACCUACUGUGAAAUGGAUUAAGAAUGGAGAAGUGGUCAUUCCUAGUGACUACUUUCAAAUUGUGGGUGGGAGCAAUCUACGGAUUUUAGGACUUGUAAAGUCUGAUGAAGGGUAUUAUCAAUGCGUUGCGGAAAAUGAGGCCGGGAAUGUCCAAACCUAUGCACAGUUGCUUAUUCCUCAACCUGCUAUACCCAGUUCCAGUAUCCUUCCCUCUGCUCCCCAAGAUGUGGUCCCUGUUUUGGUUUCCAGUCGAUUUGUUCGUCUCAGUUGGCAUCCUCCUGCGGAGACAAAAGGAAAUAUUCAGACUUACAGCAUCUACUUCUCCAAAGAAGGAACCUUCAGGGAAAGGGCUGUAAAUACAUCGCAGCCAGUAUCACUACAGCUAACAGUGGGAAAUCUGAAACCAGAAGAGACCUAUAUCUUCCGCAUUGUAGCUUAUAAUGAAUGGGGUCCCGGAGAAAGCUCCCAACCUGUUAAAGUCACAACCCAGCCUGAAAUGCAAAUUCCAGGUAAAAUUCAGAAUCUUCAAGUCAUCUCUACCUCACCUACCUCAGUCCUGAUAACUUGGGAACCUCCGGCCUAUGCAAAUGGUCCAGUACAGGGCUACCGAGUGUUUUGUACAGAAACUCUCUCUGGUAGAGAGCAGAAUAUAGAAGUAGAGGGACUAUCAUACAGGCUCGAAGGACUACGGAAGUUUACAGAGUAUACUAUAAGAGUCUUGGCAUUUAAUCUUUAUGGACCUGGAGGCUCAUCAGAAGAACAUACCCUCAUAACACUUUCUGAUGUACCAAGUGCUGCACCCCAAAACGUUUCUUUGGAAGUAGUCAACUCACGGAGCAUCAAAGUUAGCUGGCUGCCUCCCCAAUCUGGAACACAAAAUGGAUUUAUUACAGGCUACAAAAUCCGGCACAGAAAAACUAGCCGCAGGGGUGAAUUAGAAACUUUGGAGCCAAACAACCUUUGGUACAUGUUCACAGGACUUGACAAAGGAAGUCAAUACAGUUUUCAGGUUUCUGCUAUGACUGUAAAUGGUACAGGACCUCCUUCGGACUGGUACACUGCUGAAACACCGGAGAAUGAUCUUGAUGAAUCCCAGGUUCCAGACCAGCCCAGCUCUUUACAUGUCCGACCAUUAUCGACCAGUAUUAUUAUGAGCUGGACACCACCACUGAAUCCAAACAUUGUGGUACGAGGAUAUAUUAUUGGCUAUGGAGUUGGAAGUCCUUAUGCAGAGACAGUGAGAGUGGAUAACAAGCAACGUUAUUACUCAAUUGAAAAUCUAGAGCCAAGUUCCCAUUAUGUAAUUUCUCUAAAAGCCUUUAAUAAUGCUGGUGAAGGUGUUCCCUUAUAUGAAAGUGCCACCACAAGAUCUCAGACUGAUCCCAUUGAUCCACUCGAAAUUGAGUUUUAUCCUUUUAUUGAUGAUUUCCCUACCUCAGUCCCAGAUAUGUCCACCCCCAUGCUCCCACCAGUAGGUGUUCAGGCUGUUGCGCUUACUCAUGAUGCUGUGAGAGUCAGCUGGGCAGACAACUCUGUCCUGAAGAACCAGAAGACAACUGAAAUGCGUUUCUAUACCAUUCGAUGGAGAACUAGCUACUCUACAAACUCAAAGUACAAGUCUGCAGACACGACAUCUUUAAGUCAUACUGUUACGGGUCUGAAGCCUAACACCAUGUAUGAGUUCUCAGUUAUGGUCACAAAAGGAAGACGAUUAAGCACAUGGAGUAUGACAGCUCAUGCUACGACAUACGAGACAGCUCCAACAUCUGCCCCGAAAGAUUUAACAGUUAUCGCAAGGGAUAGGAAGCCUCGAGCUGUUAUAGUAAGCUGGCAGCCUCCAAUCGAAGCCAACGGCAAAAUUACUGCAUAUAUCCUGUUCUACACCUUGGACAAGAACAUACAGAUUGAUGAUUGGGUUAUGGAGACAAUUAGUGGCGAUAGGUUAACACAUGAAGUUUUGGACCUCAAUCUAGACACAGCCUAUUACUUUCGAAUACAAGCACGGAAUGCAAAAGGACUAGGACCCCUCUCUGACCCAAUCCCAUUUAGAACACCUAAAGUGGAACACCCUGACAAAAUGGCUAAUGACCAAGGUCGUCAUGGAGAUGGAGGAUAUUGGCCGCCAGACACAAAUUUGAUUGACAGGAGUAGCCUUAACGAACCUCCAAUAGGUCAAAUGCACCCACCUCAUGGCAGCGUAACCCCACAGAAAAAUAGCAAUCUCUUGGUUAUCAUUGUGGUGACAGUUGGUGCAAUAACUAUUUUGGUUGUGGUGAUCGUAGCAGUGAUCUGCACUCGGCGAUCUUCAGCACAACAGAGAAAAAAGCGUGCCACUCAUAGUAUUGGUAAGAGAAAAGGAAGCCAAAAAGAUCUAAGGCCUCCAGAUCUCUGGAUUCACCAUGAGGAGAUGGAAAUGAAAAAUAUUGAAAAGCCAUCAGGAUCUGAAACACAAGGAAGGGAUUCCCCAAGGCAAAGCUGUCAAGAUGCUACACCCAUUAGUCACAGUCAAUCGGAGUCACAGCUGGGCAGCAAAAGCACAUCCCAUUCUGGUCCUGACUCAGAUGAAGCAGGAAGUAGCAUAUCAACACUGGAGCGUUCCUUAGCUGCCCGCCGUGCCACCAGAGCUAAACUUAUGAUUCCAAUGGACUCCCAACCAAGCGGUAACACUUCUGUUGUCUGUGCAAUUCCUGUGCCAACGCUGGAAAGUGCCCAAUACCCAGGAAUUCUUCCAUCGCCAACAUGUGUCUAUCCGCAUCCACAAUUUACUCUACGUCCUGUACCAUUUCCCACACUCUCUGUUGACAGAGGAUUUACUGCUGGUCGAGUCGCUGACCAUCCUGUCUUGUCACUCAACUCUACACCAUCUCUUCCCUCUAUAAACACAGCAGUGAGUGAAUGUCCAACUUCUCAGCAGCCAUCCAUGUUAUCACACACUCAGCCUGAACAUUCCAAUAAUGAUGAUGCACCAAGUCGAACCAUCCCCACUGCCUGCGUCCGACCGACACAUCCACUCCGCAGUUUUGCUAAUCCCCUGUUACCUCCACCAAUGACUGCAAUGGAACCAAAAGUCCCUUAUACAUCACAUUUAUCUCAAUCAGGGGCCAGCCUUCCAAAGGCACAAGUAAAGACAGCAUCUCUUGGAUUGGCAGGCAAGGCAAGAUCUCCGCUACUCCCGGUUUCAGUCCCAACAGCUCCAGAUGUUUCAGAAGAAGGUCACAAACACACAGAGGACCCAGCGAGUGUAUAUGAACAGGAUGACCUAAGUGAACAAAUGGCAAGUUUAGAGGGUCUAAUGAAGCAACUAAAUGCAAUCACAGGCUCUGCUUUCUAAUGGCAUUAAGAAAAAUAUUAACUCCUUUGUUGCCAGAAUGGCCUGCAGUGUAUUGCGGAGCAAUGGAUUACAGGUCGUUCUGAUAACAAAAAUUGUUAAUUGAAUACCCAGGAAAAUUGCAGCAUACCAGUGUUUUAAAUUGUCCUCAUGGAUACAUCAACAUUAAGUCAAAAGAACCUUCAAUACCAUUGAUUUUAGACAAAAGAAGAUUUGUGUGACAUUCAAUAAAGAAUCAUUUCUUGUGACCUGGAUUUCUUUGGAACAAGAAUAUGGAUUUGUGCGUGGGGGAGGAGGAUGAAGCUAAUCCCAUUUUCUGCAAGAUUGAAAAACCUUUUGGAAGCGUACAUUUCAUCACUAUGCCACACUCAGUUUUUGUUAUGGAUGACAUGUAACAUGUUACAUCAGAAUAAAUUGUCUUUCUGGCGUAUAUUGUGUCUUAACCCCUUUCAGUGUCACAAAGGUGAGUAGUGCCUGUUUAUUACCGGACAAGCAAUGGCCAUCCUUGUAUCACUCAAAGGGGUGCAUUUGCAAAAAUUAUGAGUUACUGUGAAUUGACUACUGACUAAAAAAAGUCAUAAUUCAACCAGAGAGCCAAGAUGUAGAAUUUGUUUCAACACUUCUGAAAACCGUUUUCUGAUUAGUUAAUAAACCACAAAGGGUGUAUGUGUUCUAAAAAGAAAACAAACAAAAUGUAUUGGUGGAUUUACAUUAUUUAUAGUCACAGAACUUCAU